UUUCACCACUUAUGAGGAUAUCUAAAACUCAUAAGCUCUUCAUCAAGUUGAUCUUUUCUCUCAACUUUUAAAAUCUUCUCAUUGCCAUUCUUGUUCUUUUUUCUUUGUAACUUAAGUGGUGGUGGUGGUUGUAUUCAUGGCAUCCAGGAGAAUCCUCAAGGAGCUAAAGGACUUGCAAAGAGACCCUCCCACUUCAUGUAGUGCAGGUCCAGUAGCUCAGGAUAUGUUUCAUUGGCAAGCAACUAUUAUUGGUCCAAAUGACAGCCCUUAUGCUGGUGGUGUUUUCCAAGUCACCAUCCAUUUCCCCCCUGAUUACCCUUUCAAACCUCCCAAGGUGGCUUUCAGGACUAGAGUUUUCCAUCCAAAUAUAAACAAUAAUGGAAAUAUUUGUUUGGACAUUCUUAAGGAUCAGUGGAGUCCUGCCCUCACCAUAUCCAAGGUUUUGCUGUCCAUAUGUUCACUGCUGACAGAUCCAAAUCCAGAUGAUCCACUGGUUCCAGAAAUUGCUCAUAUGUGCAAGAAUGAUAAAAUCAAGUAUGAAUCAAUGGCUCGUAGUUGGACUCAAAAGUAUGCCAUGAACUGAUUCUCAAGAAUUUGUGAUGAACAUGGAUUUAUUGCUCUCAAGCAAUACAUAAUAUAUUCAGGAGAAUUGUUGCUCUAUGAAAAUGAGAAUUCAGUGACAGUUGGAUGUAUUUAAAUCUCGGAAUUUGUUUUAAAUAUAAAUAAAGGGGUGAUUUUAUCUUCUUCUCUUAUUAAACAAGAGAAUUGUAAUUAAGUUAAUCCUUUCCUUCCUUCAAGUCAUAGGUACAUGAUUUAGUUUGGAAGUAACUAUUAAGUCUAAAUGUUGUUAAACCAUACUGUUUCUUCUUUCUGCCUUGAUUACUGAAUGAUCUUAAGGUCUUAUUGUGAGAAGUGUGUAUUAUGAUUUUCUGGGCGAACAUAUAUACCAGAAGAUAACCUCUUUAAGAAGGUACUCCUAU